AGAGAGAGAGAGAGAGAGAGAGGCUGUGCGGUCGCUUCCGGCUUCACACAGACGCUCUACUACGAGCAGAGCAGUCGAGCCUCACGCAUGACAACAGAAACCUCCCGUGAAACUAUUUCUCCCGAGAACAAAGUGUGACAGGAGCUCGCCGCUCGGUGCGACAGGCUCCGAAGUUCAAUCCCGAAAGAGACCGAGGAGAAGGAGAAAAGAGCUGCUGGUGGAAAACAGACAGAGAGAGAGACAUUUUGAAAUCAUUUUGAGGAGCUGUUUUUUUUGGGGGGGGGGGGGGGGGUGAGAAUGUGAGGAAGCAGCGUCGAACAAGUUGUGGGUUGUUGUUGUUUUUUUUCCUUCAAUGGGAGAAAACAAAAAGACCCAAGAGGAGAAGAGAAGAAUAAGUUGUUCUGGUGCACAAGGAGCCGCCACUUUGCAUGUUCCGUGUGCGCGGCUCGAGUGUCACGGACGCGGACAAGAGACCAAUUCUCCUCGGGUUAUUGCUGCUGCUGCUGGUAUCUGGCUGGGAUAUCACUCGGACCAAUAGAGUGUCCCGGAGAAGCCUCGGAGGGGACGGGACGACGGGACGACGGGACGGGGCUGAGACAGGAAACACUGAAGGCUGCUCUCCACACCUCCCUGCCGCUUCAGGGGAGAUUGUCAGAUGUGUACCCAGCACUCCAAGCCCCUGGCCUGGCCGCGGGGAUGGCAGCCUCUGCCCUGAACCUGAACGGCCUGGGAGUCAUGAACAGCAGUAAUCAGUUCCACACGCAGUCAGGCUCCUCUGGUGCCACCUCGCGAGGUAGAGCCAGCCCCGUCGCCCGGCCUUUGCUGCCGGUUCCGGAUCGGACCACCUUCUGCCAGUUACUGGGUGGGGGAGCGCUGGCGGGAGGUCUUUACAGCCCAACCAGCCCCAAGACGAGCCCCCCGCCACUUGGUCGAACCUUUGUCUUCCCCGCUUCGUCCUCGCUCUGCCCAAGCCCCACCCAUCGCGCUCGCUCCCCGUCCCCGCGGAGCCCGGAGCUUCUCGGCGUCAAUGUCGGCCAGCGGGUCCGGCGCCUGAGCUCGGCCGGCGGUGAAGAGAGCGGCGAAGGGGACGGGCAGGAGGAGAGGGGAGGAGAGGCGGGAGAGGGGGGGAGGCGAGAGGAGAGGAGACGCCAGGCGCAGCUGCUGCAAAUCCACAGAGAGCUGCAGAACGUUGAGGUCAGGGGAAAAGUUGGCAUUUUCGAGGCGCACAUUUCCGGGAUUCGUGCCCAGGUGCUUAAUAGUGAGCUCCAGCGAAGCCCUCGAUCUCCAAGACGAACAACAAGCCAAGCCCCUUCGCUUCCCAGCCAAGGAAGCCAGGGAAACCUAGCCCUUACAUGCCCAAUGACCCAACCACAAGAGAGCCAAUUUCCCACUGUUUUCCAAAAUGGGAGAGAAGGGGGCGAAGAUAUAACGGCAGAGGAGAGGAGGGAAGGAGGAAGCAACGAAGGCGAGGAGGACAGCAGUGCCAACAAAAUGAACACAGAGAAUAAGACACUGUUUGGUCAAAACGGCCGCCAUUCAGAAACAGCAACGCACACUCCGUGUUUAGAUGGGAGGUCUGUUGUUCAGGGUUCCCUCGAGGCACUAGACUUGAACGCAGCAACAGACGGAGAAAUACGGAGAGAGAAAGAAAGCAGGGAGGGAGAAAACAAACAAAUUCUGCGAGAUGAAAGAGAAAGGACAGAGAGAGAAGUGGGGGAUGAGGAAGAGAGUCGCUUGUGUCCCGAGAUGCUCCAGACGGAGGCAAACAGGUCGGAGGUUAGUCCAGAAGCCCCUGCCUUGUGUGAGGCACAGAGCAGCGAGAGCUGUCGUUUGGACGCCACCAAUCAGACCUACAACCACUCUCCCUCCAUCCCCGCGGUCAUAAUAACGGACCACGGAUUGGAAAACCAGCUCCAACCCUCGGACCAGGGAUUAUGCUGCACCCCUAGCCCCAACUCGUCCACGCGCUCCCUCAGGAAGCUGUCGUCCUCCUCCACCUCCUCCGCCGGUUUCUCCUCAUCGUGGGAGGAGUCGGAGGAGGACAUUUCCAGUGACACAGAGAAAGGGGAGCAGCUUCUCAGCCCUGCGCUCCUCACCUCUCAACAGAAAGCACACAAGUCUUGGAAGAAGAUUAAGAACAUGGUCCACUGGUCUCCGUUUGUCAUGUCCUUCAAGAAGAAGUAUCCCUGGAUACAACUGGCCGGGCACGCAGGGAGCUUCAAGGCAGGAGCCAACGGCCGCAUUUUGAAAAAACACUGUGACUGCGAGCAGCGCUGCUUGUCCCUGCUGAUGAGGGAUGUGCUGCGGCCGUACGUCCCCGGUUACCAUGGAGACGUGGAGAAGGACGGCCAGAAGUACAACCAGAUGGAGGACCUGCUGGCCGAGUUUGACUUUCCGUGCGUGAUGGACUGUAAGAUGGGAAUAAGGACCUACCUUGAGGAAGAGCUGACCAAGGCCCGUAAGAAGCCCUCCCCGAGACCCGACAUGUAUCAGAAAAUGAUCGAGGUCGAUCCCGAGGCGCCGACAUCAGAGGAAAACGAGCAGAAGGCGGUGACCAAACCCAGAUACAUGCAGUGGAGGGAGACCAUAAGCUCAACGGCCACCCUGGGAUUUAGGAUAGAGGGAGUCAAGAAGGAGGACGGGACAGUGAACAGAGAUUUUAAGAAGACAAAGACGAGAGAGCAUGUUAAUACGGCCUUUCACGACUUUGUCAAAGGAAACAAAGACAUACUGAACAGUUAUCUAACCAGGCUGAUGGAAAUCAGAGACACUCUGGAGAUCUCCGCAUUCUUCAAAACCCACGAGGUGAUUGGCAGCUCCUUGUUAUUCGUUCAUGACAGUAAGGGACGGGCCAAAGUCUGGAUGAUUGACUUUGGGAAAACCACGGCCCUGCCUGAGGGGGAGGAACUCACCCACCGAGCGGUGUGGCUGGAGGGCAACCGAGAAGAUGGCUACCUUUUUGGACUUGACAGUUUGGUGGACAUCAUUUCGUCCAUGGGGAACUCUGAGACUUGAAGUCUGAGGGGUUGUCGAGUGAACAAUUGGACUCGACAACAAUCACGUCCCGUUCACGCGUCCUCUGGAUUUCCUCAAGGAUUCUUUCAGGCGUUUCGUCCUCAUCCUGGUAACCACAUCAUCCCAUGACAACGCGUAGGCCGACUCACUGACUAACGCAUUCUCUUUGUUCAUAUCCAGACUCCAUUUGUCAGGGACUGUUUUCAUCUGUUUGGUGCUCUAGGGAGUAUCUACGGCAGGAGGGCGGUGCACGUGGGAUCAUCUUAAAAUUAACCGAGUGCCCACAUCCGUCGUAACGUAGAAGCUCUGUGGCACAGAGGGAUAAGCUGCAUCAAGGUUUGGAACCACGGACAAUACCCGUUAGUGGGAUCAGGUCCUUGUUGGGUUUUGUCUUGGGAUUUGUUUGACAAAAUGAAAAAAAUACAGAAUAUCACCUGACUUGAAAGCCCCUAUGUGUGGGAAUUUAAAAAUCCUGACUUUAGUGCCCCCAGGUGGUGAUGUAAAAAAACCCCACUGUGAAGUUCAAAUUUUUCAUAAAUAGGCAAUUGUGCAGUCGUAAUGUUCGAGCCUGGUUCGACAGAUACCAUAAUUCCAUAGAACUAGUGGUUUUAAAACGGCUGAGGUUCAAAACAAUGUCAUCUGCAACCCAUUUAUUUUAGAUUUUUUAACAUUUGUUCAUCUGCUGGACUCUAACUUCACUUAGGUGCAUUUCUGCUGAAUCAGAGUUAUAUUGGUUUUUAACUCUUUUUAAUUUAAAUUAUGUUCCUUUCGGACCACGACAUCAGCACUAUCUUAAAAAACAACACUUUGUUACAUUUAGACUGUUAGAGACUGUACAGUCGCGUGUGGUUUUACUCAUUAGAAGAUGAUUUUAGGUUUGUCUUUACAGAGAGAAACCAAACUAUAGUCUUUUUAAUUUCGGUUCAUCCAGUCACACCCAAAGCCAUAGAUGGGGUUAGAUACUGUAGGUUGCUCAUUGAUGUUUUCUGCGGCACCCGUGUGUACACCUGUGUGCAGGUACAGUUUGUUGUGCAAGGCAUUGUUUCACAGCCAACAUGGUGAUAUCGAAUGUUUGCGAACCACACACUUCUUACCCUUCUAACAUGUUGUUGGGAUUGUUCACCGUGUACAGUAAGAUUUAUUAUGUUAGAUGUUUUUUUUUUUAAAUGUAACUUUAUUUUAGUCAAACUCCAUGGAACACUUACAGCCAUGAACAAUCUUAUUUAAGCUAUACAGUGCUAUACAGUGCCUUGACGUUACAAAGCCGAGUCAGACAGCUGAAAAUACGUUUCUAAAUAUUAUUGUUAUGACGGACUGUUCUCUUUAGUCUUAACAGGGGAGUUUUCCUGUUCUUAUGUGGGUGCAUGUUUAUUAUCCUCUUAAAGUUUGGGCUCAGCGCUUUAGUUCAUCUGUUUUUAUUUAUGACAUUAUAUUAUGUUGUGUUAUUCGUAGUUGAUGGGAUACUGUGAUAUUCUCAACCCUGGGCUGUUACAUUUGUUUUGUCUCCAAGCAUGUUUUACAGUGUGAGUGAAGAUUGACGCUCAUGAAAUGAUACCCAUUCACUUUGAUGGGGAAUGCAAACGAUCACUUAGAAAUUGGUUGGGCUGAUACAGUAAGUGAGAAGGGAGAAAAAAAAAGUCUCUUAAUAUGACAAGGUUCUUGAUGAACAAUAAGAACAUAUGAGAUCAGACGUUUGCAGCGACAGUAGAAGAUUGUUUAGUCCACGCAGUGCCUUCUUAAAGAAAUAGCUCGACGUUUUGGGCAAUAUACGUGUCUGAGUUCUUCUUGACGAGAAAAAGACUGACAACUUGUACGCUCAACAUGAAGCUUCCCAGCAUCUCUAAUGAUCAGUGAAAGUGCUGGUAAAAGCAGAAUUAAGUUGCGUUUGAACACAUCUGUCUCUGCGCCGAGCUGAGCUGACCAGUGGCUGUGUAACGAACAGACACAAGAGUAUCAACCUUCUCAUCGGUCUCCUCCCGGCAAGAAAGACAACGAGCGUAUUCCCCCAAAACGUCCACCUAUUCCUUUGAGACCAACCAUCUUAGCUAUUGCUUAUGCUCCCCAAUGUGCACUUAGAGUUGUUGGUUGGUAUCAUGUUGUUGCCUUUCUAUUUAUUUGGAUUGUCCUUUGAAAAAAAAAAAAAAAAGUGUGAAUAUGGUGAGCAAAAAAGUCCUGCUUCCAUGUGUGAUUUCUGUGCACUCUGGGAUCAACAGUAUAAAUAUUUAUAUUUCUAUCUAAUCUAUUAGGGCUGUAACGAUUCUCCAGAACCACAGAUCGGUACAGAGCCGUAAUUCGAUAUGAAAAUGAAAGGAAAAUUGUUAAGACAGAGGCCUAACUUGAUACGUAAUAUUUAUGAAAUAUGCAGCUUGCCCAAUCUUUAAAAUUGAAUAAUAAUUUCAUGAUUGACAGGUGAAAAAUAUUAAUUGUGUAAUGAAAAAAAUUAGCGGUGGAGGCCAAGAGUGUGCGUGUCAAGGUUCAGUCGUCCUGUAUCACGGUUGCGAGACUGUGUUUUGGUAUUGAUCUUAUCUUCGUGUAGAAUCGUUACAGCCCUAACCGAUUAUUUCUCAACAUCAUCUUCACUGAGAACAAGCAGCAAGAGCUUUUUAUCACUAAGGACAAGGUGAUGCAAACGCUAUACAAUGUUUGUGUGGAACUGUGUGUUUGAAACCCCGAACAUUUCCCCGUUCCAUGCUCUGCGGAGGCGGCGGUGACUCCAGUGCAGAGUUGGUUGGUUUCAAAACACGAGCGCAUGAAGACCAUCUGUUGUCAGCGAGAUUUGAAUGUGCGCUGGGAGACCCAAAUGUAUUCCUGGUGAAUUGCCUUAAUCACUUGGCCACGGCAAACUGCACCCAACGUGGGAAAUUGUGUGUCCGCCUGAAACAUGCAUAAUGAUAUAUAAUCGACCUAAAGGAUUCUGAAGUUGACCAUUUCCACUCGUGUAUAAAAUAAUGACAUCCCAACUGCUGGAGGCGUAAUUCUCUGAAAACCAAUUCAGAAGUUGAAGAGACAAAAACUUUGCAUUAUUGUUCACCUGACAGUCAUGUCAAUAAAGCAUACUGAAUUUAAACAAAACAACUAAAA